AUGACGUACAACGGGGAAGCUUUAGCAAUCCGCUCACAUCUCAAUUCCCGUCGAACCCCGAAGACCAACUUUCAUCCUGUCAUGCGUGCGUACUACGUUCUCCUCGCCGCUGCGGUUGCUCUCCUCGCUAGCUCCGACGCUGUUUCGGCCACAACAGUGCCCAAGGCCAACAGCGACGAAGAUGGCGACGCCCUCACUGAAGAUUCCGAGGACGAGGAGAGGGGCACGGGUGAAGUGUCCGAGAAGGCAGCAAGUACCGUCACCAAGUUGACGAAGGGUACUUCUGGCUUGAACAAAGCCGACGACGAUCUGGCGGCUCUGGCUGCCCAGAAUGCGGAGACCUUUAAGAAGGUGAUGGGGUAUGCGCCUCGGUCGAACCCGAAGCUCAAGUGGGACGUGAUCGAUGCCGACAACCUCGCGCUGUUCCAGAACAUCAAGAACUGGGCCAAGCAGCUGGCGCGCGACCCGGACUACCUGCUUUGGCUCCAAUACGCUGCUUGGUGGGACGAUGUCGCCGAAAUGGCUCGCAAGGCUGCUUGA